GAGAGGACAGGGAAGGAGGAGGUCUGCGUAAACUCCGCCUCCGGUCUCGGAUCCUCUCGCAUUCCUUAUUCACAGCCUCUCACGUUGAGGAUAGAGAGAGAAAGGGGAGAAACAAGAAGAAAGGCUCACGAAGAAGAACAAGAAGAAGAAGAAGAAGGGGAGCAGCAAAACGACCAUGGCAAUAUCCAAAACGUCUCAGCUUGAGAUAGUGUCCGAUCACAGCGCACCUCUACCACCGUCGACCACGGCACGGAGCAUGCAGUCGCACAAUAGACAGAGUCCAGAUGAAUGAGGGGCUAUACCUGGGCCGUGGACAAAAUGAGGGUCAUCUUCAUCCAAAACGCCGGUUUCGUCGCAGCUUUCUCGCCUUUUAGAUGUGAGUCGGUGAUGUUGGCAGCGUUUAGGAUGACAGAUAGCGUGAACGAGCCAGAAUUAACCACAGCGAGAUCAUGCCAGUCCAUUGAGGAGUGAGGAGAUCAGAUCAAUUUAUUUAGGCUUUUUUUUUUCUUUUAUUGGAAUAGAGCUUGCACAUACAUUAUAGCCAGUAUAUCAUUUUUAAAUCGAAAGCGUAUUCAGCUCCCGGCAUGCAGCUUGCUGUCGAGAUUUGAAUACAUAUUUUAAUACAAUAUUGGCACUAGAAAUAAUUUUUUAUCCUGUGAUAAUAGGACAAUGUGUCAGGUUAUUAUAGACCGAUAAUGUCCUUUUAGACUUCUUGUGUUUAAUCCGUUAGUACAUUGAUUAUAUAGCGAUAAUAACAUGAAUAGGUAGGAGGAGAAAUCUCUGUUUGCUUUGAUCAAAGCCAAUUGAUCAACCAAGACAAUCUGGAAAUGUUAGUUUCCACGUUAUAAUAUGACUAGCAAGCCACGCGUUAUUCCUUGUAAUUUAUUUAUUUAUUAUUACUAUUAUUAGGCCUAUAGGCUAAGUAUUAUAUUAUCAAUUUGUUUUAAGUAGGUAGUUUGAAAUAUUUAACAGUGGGAGGGUUGUUAAAACACUUCCCUAGUGAGAUGGAAACCGCUUAUUUAUCGCCCCAACGGGGGGCAACCCGUCCCGAGGCCCAGAAAGGCCAAACCUCAGCGGGCAAACCGGCGGGGGGUGACCUCUCCCGUCCACCUCCAGGUCCUCCGCUACCUGCCGGCAGCUCACCCGAAGAGGUCCCGGCAAGCAGUGAUGGACGAAGAAACUCGGGCGUGAAGAAACACCACCACAAGCACAACCUGAAACACCGCUACGAGCUGCUGGAGACGCUGGGAAGAGGCACCUAUGGCAAAGUCAAGAAGGCCAUUGAGCGGCACUCCGGCAGAGAGGUGGCUAUCAAGUCCAUUCGGAAGGAGAAGAUCAAGGAUGAGCAGGACAUGGUUCACAUCCGCCGAGAGAUUGAGAUCAUGUCAUCCCUCCGCCACCCACACAUCAUCUCUAUAUAUGAAGUGUUUGAGAACAAGGACAAGAUUGUGAUCGUGAUGGAGUAUGCCAGCAAGGGCGAGCUGUAUGACUACAUCAGCGAGCGCCGGCGCCUGAGCGAGCGUGAGACGCGACACUUCUUCAGACAGAUAGUCUCUGCCGUGCACCACUGUCACAAGAAUGGAGUGGUGCACAGGGAUCUGAAACUGGAAAAUGUGCUACUGGAUGAAAACUGUAAUAUUAAGAUCGCUGACUUCGGGCUGUCAAACCUCUACCAUAAGGACAAGCUGCUUCAAACCUUCUGUGGCAGCCCGCUCUACGCUUCACCAGAGAUCGUCAAUGGGAGACCGUACCGUGGCCCAGAGGUGGACAGCUGGGCCUUAGGGGUGCUGUUGUAUACCCUGGUCUACGGGACCAUGCCAUUUGAUGGGGGAGACCACAAGAACCUCAUUCGCCAGAUUAGCAACGGCGAGUACAAAGAGCCCACUCAGUCCUCAGAUGCCCGUGGACUGAUCCGCUGGAUGCUGAUGGUGAACCCUGAGCGCCGUGCCACAGUGGAGGACAUUGCUAAUCACUGGUGGGUAAACUGGGGCUGGAAGAACAGUGUGUGUGACUGCGAGACCCAACGUGACCACGGAGGCUCGCCCAUGCUGGCCCGCUUCAUCGACUGGCAGAACCGCACUGAGCCACGUGGUUCUGGAGCCAAAGCUGCAGCUAUGCCCCAGCUACUGCGCCAGAGGCCCAAAAAGUCCAAGAAGGAAAAUGUUGAGGCAGGACAGACCAACUGUGGAGCAGAGGAUAAGCCAGGUCUGAAGAGACCCAAGGGGAUCCUGAAGACCAGGGUUACUGAGGAGCAGCAGUCUGUCAGUCUGGAGGAAGUGGAGAUAGGCCAGUCAGCACUGCCUCAACAAGCUGAAGGGGGGGAGGAGGCCUCAAGUCCAGAUCGAGAGGAAGAGGAGCCGACUCUUGGAGGAGGUUCGCCAGCUAAGAUGAUACCUUCUCUGCCCAAGAAAGGUAUCUUGAAGAACAACCAACAGCGGGAAUCAGGGUACUACUCAUCCCCAGAGCGCAGUGAGUCCUCUGAGCUUUUAGGGGGUGCCAGCAUGUCUCUACUAGCCACCUCCCCACCCAAGAGAGUGAUGGGGAGAAAAGGCAUCUUGAAGCGAAAUGGCAAGUACUCCACCUACAGCGGGCCUCCAUCAGCUGCAGCAGUGGCUGGAGUUCUUUGUGAGCCUCCUCCAUCAACUGAUUCUGGUCUGUCCCGCAGUCAGAGUCGGCCCUCCAGUAUAGUCGGGGAGGACAGCUCCGUCCUGUCCCUGUCACCCACCUCCCUCAGCGGGGCUGAGUGGCAUCCCUCCACCCCCCACCUACGCCCAAACAUCAGGGCCUGUGUCUCAGCUGAAAACCUGCUGCAGCUUGCCAACUUCAAGGGCUUCCAGGCAGCCCCGCCGCUCCAGGGAUCAAAGUUCAACCGCGGCCCCAAAACGAAAGGCUCCCCGGGGGACAAUGGCAGCUUCUCCUUGCUGGGGGACCUGGAGGACAUGACUCAGGUGUACCAGCAAGCCCUGGACAUCAGCAGCAACCUCACCUAACAGAUGGGUGGCAGAGAAAGAGGAAGCAGAGGGAAUUAAACCUGACUGUGUGUGUGUAUGUGUGUGCACAGAUGUGUAUGGGCGGCAUUAACGACCAGUGUGUUACUGGGAUACACCUUUUUUGAAAGUUAUGGCUUUUAAAAUGGGACUGAAAUCCUGAAGGAAGUGAUAUAAAUAUAUAUAUAUAUACCUGUGCACACACGUACACACACAGAUGUACACACUUAGGUGCACUUCUCUGGCCAGAGGAAAUUCAGUUAGGGUUUUGUGAACAGGAGAGAGAAGGAGCUGGCAUGAGAGAAUGCCACCCAGUCUGCUUUCUUGGCCCGCCCAUAGACUUUGCUGUGUUCAACAUGUUUACAUAUUCAGCAAGAAGGCAAGUUAGAAUCACAAACGCAGCAACCAGAAACUGGUUGGCUCUCCUUGUACACCACCCAUUUUGAGUUUGAGUUUACAAAAGCACCUUAAAACUCACACAGAGCACAUGCUUUUGUGAUCUUUACUUCCUUUAAAAAAGAAACAAACCAGGGUCUUGUUCCAAAAAUAACUGACAUUGCUGAUUAUUUAUUAAUAUUUUUCGUAGCUUUUAGUUUUAAGUGCAAAACUGGUGGGCGCUGGCUGUUACUGGAAGAGUUCGAAGCUCCUUGUCUCCAACUCUUUGUGUGGAACUGACAUAUAUAAUUAUGUUACUCAGUGAUGAGAAACGUAUAUAUACUCAGCAUAUAUAGCUGUCUGCGCAUGUAAAACAUGCAGGCAAUUAUACCUUCAUAAAAGCGUAUGUCCUAUAUAUGUGUAUGAUACUAGGGAAUAUGUAGGAAGUGCCUUUUUUGAUUCAUAAUAAAAAUUAUGUAUGUCAUUUCCUUAAAGUGGAGGAAAAGCCAGGCCAACCUGUCACCAGUUGUGCUUUUAUGUUUUUUUUUUAUGUUAUUUGUGAAUGUGGAGAGACCCAGGGCCUUCAUCUCACAGCUGACUAGCUUCACUUGUUAUGGGGUUCAAAGGUCAAUCUGAGACAGUUGAGAUCAAACAGUCUCGCCCAGCCCCCCUUUCCUUCCACAAUUGGAAUCACACACAGAUAUGCCAACAUCCACAGGCAGUCUCAGAAGAACCUCCUCUGUGUUCUUUGUCAGUGUUUAAGCCCAGAGUUUGGUUUGUCAGCAGUUUAGGUGGCUCAGUUGAACACAGAUUUUUUGGCAGUACCAGAGGUCUGGAGGGACUCACCUAGUGGGACAUUUAGUGAAGAGAGAUGGCGCAGACACCAUCUCACAGUCCUGGAAUGUGCCUGGCUCUUUUAACCUUGUUGUUUCACAUUUACUGGGCUACCUGAUAAAAUAGGCUCUUUAGUGAGAGAUUGUUGACAAGUAAGGUGUUUUCCAUUGUCAGACUGGUUAAUAUUUUACCCAAAGCUCUUCAAAAGAGCUAAGUAAGGUGGUUUGUUUUAGCCUGCUGAUGACACAGCAAAUUCCUCAGACAAAGGCUGGAGACGUGUUGGUGCUAGAGAUCUCUAUCAGCCUCAGCCCGACUCAGCACAGGUGGGAUCUGCGGUCCGUGCUGAGCCCUCCAGCUGUGUAUACUAGUCCAUUAUUUCAACCAAGCACAAUUAGCCAGCUAUUGUUUUCAUUUGUGAGUAAGAGAGAGGCAGCGCAUAGAAAUUUAUAGCUAGAGGGAGAAGAAAAGUGUGAACAGGAGAGUGUGGAAGAGUGAUGCAUGGAGCGGUGGUGAGAUUAGAGAGGACUUUCCUGUAAAACACAGGAGAGGUCAAGGACUUAGAUUCAUUUUUGGAAGGCAUUGUAAUGUAGAUUAGUGAAAGUAAAGAAAGUGAGUUAGAAAGAGUAGAUGGAAAGUUUUUGUUUUAUACCAAAGAGAUGAUGAAGCUCUGACAUGAUGCAGAGGAAUGGGUAGGUCAGGGACUAAUGAGCCCUUCAGAUUUUUCUUAGACAUGGGAAUCCCCACUGGUGAAUGAAAUCAUCCCCACAUUGGCUUCACCUCGUUUGUUUUAUUUUUUUUCCCUUUUUGAGUUUGUAUUUGAGAUGCUGGAGGCUGUUGAUACAGCUUGUCUUGAGGGUCAAUGUGUGACUUACGUGUUCUGUAUGGCCUUAGAAAAGUGUGUUACACUUUUCAACAGCAGCAAAAAAAAGUGGGAAAAUGGUGACUGACAUCAUCCAAAAUAUCAAAUGACUCGGAUGGAAAACCAUGCAGUAGAUGACCCCGAGGAAAAAGAUCACAUGUUGAAUGUUUUCAGUGGUCCGCUCGUGUGAAGGAAAGGUCCUGGGUAUUGAUUCAAAUGAAAGACCCGUUGCGUAUUAUAUUGCAUUUUAUUGCCUUUUGUAUUGCAUUUUAUUGUCAACUGGAUUUACAGUGAGAAAAUUAUACUAUGUUAGUAUUUUGUUUUAUUAUGCUUCUGUUUUUGAUUUUCCAAAAUAUAAGAAACUUUAUAUUGCUUUAUGUUAUGGCAGAAAAUACUUCCUUCCUCGAAGUAUUAAAAAUUUCUCUCCAAAAACAAGCAAAUCUGAUCUGAAAUCAGUGUAAUCUCAUCUCCACCCCCUCCAUUUUGGUACUCCUGUGGGUUAGAGAAGCCAUGAACAACUUCCAAAUGGCAAGAACUAACGUUUAUAAAUCAAAAUAUUAAUUGGAAUAGGGAAAAAUGCAAACAUAUGUACUAAUGUAUUAACAGCCGACCUUAUGAAAAUUGAAUUUCAACCUCUACCAAAGCAUGGGAGAUCCAAAAAGUCCAAAAUGCUGGAAUAACAUCAGGAGAAAAAGGAAAUAAAACAAUGGAAAGAAUCUGAUGAUGAAACUAAAACUCUGCCAAACUGGAAAUAACUGGUGCAUAUCUGUUAGUUAGCAGAAAGUCUAAUCAUAGGAAAACUUGACUGGAUAUUGUUAUGACAAUAAUAAUAAAUUAGUAUUAUUAUGUUAUUUAAGUAUUAUUUUCGUUAUGGCUCAUUACUAUGGUUGGCAUUUGCCACAGUUUUUUUGGGUUUUGUUUUUUGUUUUUUUGUCUGUUGGUGAUCCUGGACUGCCAAGGUGGAUUAAGUUGUGUGCCUUUGGUAUCUUUUAUGAACUUUGUUUUUUUUUUUCUUUUGUUUUUGAUAAUGAAAAUUAUUAUCAAUGUGUUUUUAUACUUGUAUUUAUUGGUGAUCAAGCCAUUUAAUUUGUUGUCAGAGUGCUCCAUGUUCAUGCUUCGGCCUGCUUUGGACAGUGUGUUGUGUUCAGAACAACAAAAAUGUCAUGUAGGUUCAUUCAAGACAGAAUGGUAUCAUCUCAUUGUGAAGGCAGUGGUCAAGUGUGUAUUUUUAACAAAUCAAUAAGAGUUCCUCAAAUCUUGUAAAAUGUCUUAAUUCAUCCAUUUGGGUGUAUUUCUACUCAACACAAUGCCUCUGUAGUACUGUAUCAACUCAAAUAAAUGGAUCUUGA